AUGCGCUGCCUCCACCGACCUCAAUGGGGCCUCAGAGAAAGACUCACAUCCGCCAUACCCCCCCAACUUCGUCUGCUCUCAUUCCCCGCUGUGCUGGUUAUAUUUCUCCUUGUAUUAGUCAAUGCAGUUCUCUGGGUUGCUGUAGCCAUAAUUCUCCGCUCCCAUCCAACCCUCGCCUCCUCGGCCAUCCUUUCAUACACGCUCGGUCUCCGACAUGCCCUUGAUGCCGACCACAUAACAGCCAUUGACCUUAUGACGCGGCGCCUCGUAGCCACGGGCUCGAAGCCCGUCACCGUUGGGAUGUGGUUCAGUCUGGGGCACUCAACCAUCGUGGUCAUAACAUGUAUAGUGGUAGCUGCUACAAGCGGGGCACUGGAAAAGCGGUUCGAGGGUUUCAGCAAAGUGGGUGGAAUAAUUGGGACGAGCGUGAGCGCUGCAGUCUUGCUGUUGCUCGCCGUGGCCAAUGGCUGGAUUCUGUUCAAGUUGAUCCAGAGGAUGAGGGUGAUAUUGAGGGAGGAGGUUGCUGAUGAUAGGGAGGAUGUGGUAGGAAACGAAGGUGUAGUCGCUGGGAUGAAUCUCGAGGGUGGGGGCCUCAUGGUCAGGCUGUUCAAAAAGGUGUUUCGGCUCAUUGACCGCCCCUGGAAAAUGUAUCCUCUUGGUGUGCUGUUUGGAUUGGGGUUUGAUACUAGUAGUGAGAUCGCCGUGUUGGGCAUUGCCUCGGUGCAAGGCGCCAAGGGCACGGACAUUUGGCUUAUUCUUAUUUUCCCUCUGUUGUUUACAGCUGGAAUGUGCCUGAUUGACACCACUGACGGUGCGCUUAUGAUGACCCUCUACACCUCCACCUCCCUUGCCCGAGACACCAUUGCUAUCUUAUACUACUCAAUUGUCCUGACGGCCAUCACGGUUGUGGUGGCCCUGGCUAUUGGUAUAAUCCAGCUUCUCUCACUUAUUUCGAAUUUCUCAAGUGGGUCGUUCUGGGAUGGUGUCGAUGCCGUCGGCGACCAUUACCCCGAAGUGGGGGGGGCUAUUUGCGGCUCGUUCGUCUUUUUUGGCGCUCUAUCUAUGGUCCUUCAUAAACCAUGGCGACGAAGAUUCGAUCGUCAUUAUGACGAAAAUCGAUUUGAUAUUGUCAUGCUUGAUGACUCGGGGGACAAGCAAUGCCAGGGCACCACUCCCAUCACUGUUUUAGAGGAGCCAAAGCCAAGCUAUGGAGUUGAGACGAUUGAUGCCUCUGAUCCCGAGAAGUCAUCAUCGAUGCCGGCAUCGAAAGUGUAG